AUGGCGCAGCCCAGCCCCGACGACUUGGAAGUUGCGUUUCAGCGAAUCACAACCAGCUGUCCCCUCGCGUCCAGCGACAGCUCCCAGCAGAGCGACACCAUCUACAACAUCAUCACGUCACUGCCCGAGGCCGAGACCUACCACCGGCUUCUGGAAGAGCACCCCAGUCUCGUUGCUCUGCUGGGAGACAGCUCCAAUGGCGAAUUUACUCUUUUUCUGCCGGUCAACACGGCAUGGGAAAAGGCCACCGGCCUCCUCGUUGACGCCGCCGAUGCUGGCGUGCUCUCCAUGCACAUCAGCGAGCACUUCAUCGACGAGGCCUACCUGCGCAGCAUGACCAACAUCCCUACUGCGCACGAGCCCGACACGAGCAACGGGCCGCAAGUGUUUCCGAUUCGCCUCGCCGAGGACGGGUGGACCGUAGACAGGGCGGGCCGGUUCACGCAGCCCAGCAUCCGCGCGAGCAACGGCAUCAUCUACUGCAUCGACCGAGUCAUUCUGCCCCCGCCGCCUCUGCGGGACGUCUUGCGUGCCAGGGGAAGCUACUCCACGCUGCUUCACGCGAUGCAGGCUUCUGGAUUCGACGAGGAGCUCGCGACGCAGCGAGGCAAAGGCGGGACGCUUUUCGCGCCGUCUGACCAGGCGUUUGCGGCGCUCGGACCGGACGCGCUUCAGUUCCUCACCGAGCAUGACGAGGGCAGACCGUAUCUGAAGGCCCUGCUGAAGCUGCACUUUUGCCCGGAGAACACGUUUUACACCAAUCUUAUCUGGCCCAAGAACAACAGCGGUACUCGCCGAACCUCGGCUGAUAAAGACCAAGUCUACAAGGGAAAAUUGGGAAUGGAAUUGUCAUCAGCGCUGAAGAGAGGAGAGGAGGCUUCUGAGCUGACCAUUUCUAUUAUGAGAUACAUGUCUUGCAUAACCAUGGCAGUCAACUCUGUGCCUGUCGUGGAGCAAGAUAUAGGUGGCAACGACGGCGUCGCGCAGGGAAUAGAGGACGUGCUCCUGCCGGGUGGUACUGUUGGCAAGGGAUCUCAAGAUGUAGUUGGCAAGAUCAAAAGCGUGUUGCAGCCUUUUUUAUAG